CUCCGCCACCAAAGCGAGUCCCUCCCCCUCCCGUCUCGAGCGCCGGUAAACUCCACGCCUCCAAUCGGCCAAUCGCCAAUUCGCAAUCCAUUCCCCCCGAAACCCUAACCGGCGCCUCUCCUCCACGCGCCGCGCCGCCUCCCGCUCCUCCCUCCCAGCAGCGCCGCCGUCGUCGUCCCUCUCACCGGCGGGUGGCGGCGAUGGCCUCCUCGGCGUCGUCAUCCAGGCACCAGGUCACCAUCACCCUCGGCCGCAGCGGUCAGGUUGUCAAAAGGCGAGCUGUAUCUGACAUUGAUAAUGAUGAUGGUGUGCACUUAGGAAGAAAACGAUCUGUGAGGGACAGACUAGGAAAUAAUAUGGUUGGUUCUGAGUCGUAUGAUGGCCAGCAGCGUAACAAAAGAAAUUUUUUACUCACUUUUCAGACGACAGAUAGAAACCAAUGGUUUGCAGCAUGGAGAUAAUGAUUGCCAGGUCGGUAGGGAUGAUUUGAGAUUGAAGCUUAUGAAGAAAGGCUUGUCUAGCAAUGGUGGUGCAGAACAGAAUGGAGUGGAUCUCCGUGAAAAGCUUUCCAGGAAACCUAAGAAUAUACGGAGGUAUGAUGCAAGAGGACAUGUUCCAGAAUCAAGGUCUAGAUAUGACGGAAGAGAUAAAAUUCCAGAAUUAAGGUCAAGAUAUGGCAUGAGAGAGAGGCUCCCUGAGCCAAGGACAUCUGCUCUUCCUAGUCGAAUUCCUUCUGCAAGAAGCAUGGAUGAUCUGUUGAAGUUGGACUCUUCAAGAGAAGCUUAUUCCUCGUGGUCUGGUAAUUUGAGGCACAGGUCCCCUGAAAAACUUAAAAGUGCUCGCAGAGAUAUGUCUCCCUCAAGAACAUAUGAUCAUAUUCGUUCCAUGCCACCCAUUAGAUCUGCUGGUACCUCAAGGACUUCAGGUCUCAUCACUAGAGACGCUCCUGAUGCAUUAAGAACUCAACCUUAUGCUGGCAAGUCUACCAUUUCUAUUGAUACAACUCAGCCAGCAAAUGGAGUUGCUUCAUCUGCUACAGUGAUGCCUACAGCUCCUGUGAUGCCAGAAGUACCGCUAACAGUUACUGGGUUGCUGAAUUCACUAGGACUUGAGAAGUAUGUCUUCCUCUUCCAUGCUGAAGAGGUGGAUAUGGCUGCAUUGAGUCAGAUGGGAGACAGUGACCUGAAGGAAAUAGGGGUACCAAUGGGUCCUAGAAAGAAGAUUCUCCAGGCAGUGGCACCUUAUUCAAAACGGCGUAGAUGAACAGCAUGCUCAGGAACUUGGGGCGUUCGUGGGCAAUGACAAUUUAUUGGUGUAAGCUGCUUCAUUGCAGAUCUUGUAUAUCCCAAUGGUCUAGUGCUCUAGUCAAUCCGUUUCAUUGCUGAUAGAUCAACGCAUCGCUUUUCUUGGCAUGCAUAAUCUUAUCUGUCAGCUGAUGAUCCCAAUCCUGUUAUUCACGACCUGCCCCUUGUGUAGCAGGAUCUGAAACAUGGAUAUGUAGCUUUGCUACACUAACCAGUCAGUUUUUUCUUCCUCUUUGGGAAUUGGGAACAUCGAUGACCUGUAAUCGAAAUCCCAUGCUUUAUGACCUUGGGAGCGUUGGCAAUUGAGUUUACUGGAACAUACUAGUGUUAAGAUUGUGUACAGAAUGCGAAACAGACCGUUGUGUUUUUUGUUAAGUAUUUUCGGUGUUAAUACCCUUCCUGUUUA